UUGCUAUCUGCAAUCUCCGACGGGUUCUCCAGAGGCACUGCCUUUCGCCAUGGUGGAUGUGAGUCUGUGUAGCCACAUCAUCAUGGGCUUUGCCACCGUGGGCCGAGACUACAGCGUCGACCUCAACCCUAUCGGUGGCUACGAGGCACUCGCAUCCUUUGCUGAGUUGCGGAAGAGAAGGCCAUCGCUGAAACUCAUGAUAACAGUUGGAGGAGGAGCAGGUGACAGUAACUUCAAGGAAAUGGCUUCCACUGAGUCCAACCGCCAGAGAGCGGACCUGGAUGGGAUUGACCUGGACUGGGAGUACCCGGAGGUUGCCGAUGCUGCCAAUUUUGUGAGCCUUCUCCAGAAGCCUGAGAGUCACGGCCUGGGGCCUCGUGAGAUUUCGAUGUGGCAAGGGGAAAGCCCUGCGGCUCAUCUGGUAGUGGCAAGUGAUCUCGUUAAAGGUGGAGAGAAUGUGCCUGGAGCGGGGUGGGUCAGCCUCCGAAAAGGUCGGACCAAGCCCGUCGCCGGUCCCACCCGGCACACCGGCUUCCCAGUGCCCGGCGCGGCCGGCACGACCUCGCGCCUGGCCAUGGGCCAACUCAAUAGCGUUGGCCAGCCCCCCUACCUCGACGCCCUAGAAGCGUCUGCUGAACUUAAGAGGGAUCCUCAGCGUCCUCUUCUCUCGGCUGCUGUGCCUGCUCCAGUAACGUUGGUUGUCGGACGAUAUCGCAUUCCCGCCAUCGCUAAGUCCGUGGACUUCGUGAACCUGAUGACCUACGACCUGCACACGUAUCAGUGGUACACUCCCUUUGUUGACCACAACAGCCCACUGUUUCCGAGAGCUGGAGAGCUUCCCGUGCUGAAUAAGCUGAACUUGGCUUCAAGCGCCAACCUGUGGGCAGAAUUGGGCAUGCCAAAAUCUAAAAUUAUGGUCGGAAUACCGACAUACGGUCAUUCCUGGGUGCUCGCGAAUCCUUCGCACUGGAAGGUUGGGUCAUUGGCCACCGGACGGGGCAAACACGGUGGCGGUUAUGCAUCUGUUCCAGAGGCUCACGGUGCCGACAUGUGGGCAGUACUUGGUAUGCCAAAAUCGAAAAUUAUGGUCGGAAUUCCAACGUACGGCCUCUCCUGGAUGCUCGAGAAUCCUUUAAAGUGGGCGGUUGGGUGUUCGGCCACCGGACGUGGCAAACAUGGAGGCGGUUAUGUCACUUUUCCAGGGGUGUGCGCACUGCUCAAGGACGGCGCACAGCGAGAGUACGACGACGAAUCGAAAGUCCCAUAUCUGCACAAAGAAAAACUCUGGGUCAGCUACGACGAUCAGGCGAGCGUCGCACUCAAGAUGCCUCCGGCUGGCUUGUCAGUCUACCAAGGUUUUAGCCUAUACUACCUACAUUAG